AGCCCCAGCAACUCAGACCAGGACAAUCAGCCUGUGAAGAUGCAGCUGCUUCUGUUCCUCUUAGCCUGCAUUAUGGUACCAAGGACAGAGACAGGGGAGAUCAUCGGGGGACAUGAGGCACAGCCCCACUCUCGUCCCUACAUGGCACACAUUAAGUUCUUGAAAUACAAUGAAAUGACAUGCGGUGGUUUCCUGAUCCAAGAAGACUUUGUGCUGACGGCUGCUCACUGCUAUGGAAGUUCCAUGAAUGUCACCCUGGGUGCCCAUGACAUCAACAAGCAAGAAGAGACCCAGCAGCACAUCUCUGUGAGAAGAGCCAUUCCCCACCCAGACUAUAAUGAGAAAACAUUUUUCAGUGACAUCAUGCUACUACAGUUGAAAGAAAAGGCCAAAUUGACAAAAGUUGUAGGCAUACUGCAGUUACCUGAGGAAAACGCCCAGAUAAUGCCAGGGAAGGUGUGCAGUGUGGCCGGUUGGGGUUGGCUCUCACUGGGAAUUCCAACAUCCAAACUGCAUGAGGUGAAGCUGACUGUGCAGAAGAACCAGGAGUGUGCAUCCUGCUUCCCCAGCCACUAUAAGAACACCUCUGAGAUAUGUGUGGGAGACCCAACGAAAAAGGCGGUUUCUUAUAAGGGAGACUCUGGAGGCCCGCUCGUGUGUGACAACGUGGCUCAGGGCAUUGUCUCCUAUGGAAACAAAAAUGGGACUCCUCCAGGGGUCUUCACCAAAAUCUCUUCUUUCCUGAAAUGGAUAAAGAAGACCAUAAAGAGCCUCCAAAUGAAGAAAUCAGACUAA